AUGGCUCACCCAGAGACUAUCGUCGUGAUCGGUGCAGGUGUCAUCGGACUAUCAACCGCUCUCCGCAUCCAGCAACAACUUUCUCCAUCGCAGUCUGUGCUUCUCGUAGCCAGAGAAUUCCCCUCCAAUGAAUCGAUCAACUACGCAUCGCCUUGGGCCGGCGCACAUUAUCGACCCGUCCCAGGCUCGUCUCCACAGGUCCUCAGAGAAGCAAACCAAGCAGAGCGAACAUACAAAUACCUCAAACGAGUAGCUGCCGAUGAGCCGGGCGCCGGAAUCAAGUUUCUUAAAGGCAUCGAGCACCUCGAAGCACCACCUGCCGAAUACUCUGAUCCCCAGAGUUUGCGCAAUGUAUAUGCCAGCAUGGAUGAUUUCCGACACCUAACAAAGGACGAGCUGCCUGUCGGUGUGAAAUGGGGUGUCGAGUACGAGACAUGGGUGAUUAACUCCCCAGUAUACUGCGCGCAUAUCCUGCGCAAACUUAUCCUCAAGGGUGGCCGGACGAAGCAGUAUACACUCGCCAACGUGAAGGAGGCCUUUUCUCUCGCGCAAAACGUAAGAACGGUGGUCAACUGCUCCGGACUGGGCUUUGACGACCCUGAAUCUUUUAUCAUCAGAGUACGCAACCCCGUCUCUGCAACAAUUACCCGCCAAAAUACAGAUGGUUCCUGGUCCUUCUGUAUCCCUCGCCCUCUGGACGGGGGAACUAUCAUCGGGGGUACCAAACAACCCCAUGAAUGGGAUCCCAAACCCUCCCCAGAGAUCAGGGCCCGACUUCUUGCCAACGCAAGUAAAUGGUUCCCCUUCAUCCCGGAAGGCGGAGGCCAGUUUGACGUCAUUCGUGACAUUGUGGGACGCCGACCUGCUCGCCAAGGUGGGGUGAGGAUGGAGGUGGAGAAGUUGGCCGAUGGCAAGAACAUAGUUCAUGCCUACGGGGCUGGCGGGCGGGGGUUUGAGAUCUCUUGGGGUGUUGCGGAGGACACAACGGGGCUGAUGCUGGAAAAUGGACUGCUCCAGGCUAGAGCAGCAUUAUAG